GAUGAUCACAUUGCGACACAAACCACUGUUGCGGAGAACAACGCGCUUGAGGCGAGUAUUCAGCACACCCAGAGUACCAGCAAGCCAGUACAAGAAAAUGCCACAGAUGAGACCCAGGGACCAGAGGUUACCAUGGCAACCGCCGCUCCUGCGAGCAGUGACGAUGAUUGGAGCUCAUCAGAGAAUGAUGACGACGAGGUUGCAGGUAGUUGCGACUUCAGCGACGGUAGCUUUGAAGACGGUAAGUGUUGA